AUGUAGGGAUUUGCAUAUAAUUUGCGUGUGAUUUGCAUUUGUGGCGCGCCGCCGCGGGGCCAUGGCGGCGGCGCGGCACGGCGGCGGCCCGAGGGGCAGGCCCGGGGGUCUGCGCGGCGGAGAGAAGCAGUGCUCAUGGGCUUCCUACAUGACCAACUCCCCAACGCUGAUCGUCAUGAUCGGCCUGCCUGCACGCGGCAAGACCUACGUGUCCAAGAAGCUCACCCGCUACCUCAACUGGAUCGGGGUGCCCACCAAAGUGUUUAACUUAGGAGUGUAUCGCCGGGAAGCGGUGAAGUCUUACAAGUCCUAUGACUUCUUCAGGCAUGAUAACAAAGAAGCCAUGGAAAUCCGCAAGCGAUGUGCCCUGGUGGCCCUACAAGAUGUGAAGGCAUAUCUCUUGGAGGAGUGUGGGCAAAUAGCUGUGUUUGAUGCGACCAACACCACUCGAGAAAGACGGGACCUGAUACUAAGUUUUGCUAAAGAAAAUGCUUUCAAGGUGUUUUUUGUGGAGUCCGUCUGUGACGAUCCAGAAGUCAUUGCUGCCAAUAUCCUGGAGGUGAAGGUUUCCAGCCCCGACUACCCAGAGAGAAACAGGGAGAACGUGAUGGAUGAUUUCCUGAAGAGGAUAGAGUGCUACAAGGUCACUUACCAGCCUCUGGAUCCUGAUGCCUAUGACAAAGAUCUUUCCUUCAUUAAAGUGAUCAAUGUGGGACAGCGGUUCCUAGUAAACAGAGUCCAGGAUUACAUCCAGAGUAAAAUCGUCUAUUACCUAAUGAACAUUCAUGUCCAGCCGCGUACCAUCUACCUUUGCCGACAUGGUGAGAGUGAAUAUAAUCUUGUUGGCAAGAUUGGUGGGGAUUCUGGUCUGUCACCACGUGGGAAGCAGUUUGCUCAGGCGCUGAAGAAGUUCCUUGAGGAGCAGGAAAUCGUUGACCUGAAGGUGUGGACGAGCCAGCUGAAAAGGACGAUCCAGACGGCCGAGUCCCUGGGGGUCAUGUACGAGCAGUGGAAGAUUCUCAAUGAGAUUGACGCUGGGGUAUGUGAAGAAAUGACCUAUGGAGAAAUUGAAGUCAAGUAUCCAGAUGAGUUUGCAUUGAGAGAUCAGGAGAAAUACCUUUAUCGCUAUCCUGGAGGCGAGUCCUACCAGGACUUGGUCCAGCGCCUGGAGCCGGUAAUUAUGGAGCUGGAAAGGCAAGGCAACGUCCUCGUCAUCUCCCACCAGGCGGUUAUGAGGUGCCUCUUGGCUUAUUUUCUUGACAAGAGUGCAGAUGAGCUGCCCUACCUGCGAUGCCCUCUCCAUACCAUUCUGAAGCUCACACCUGUGGCAUAUGGCUGUAAAGUGGAGACAAUCACCCUGAACGUGGAAGCAGUGAACACCCAUCGUGACAAACCCUGUCUGAACUCAAGCAAGCUUCCCUCCGGCCAAAGCCCUGCGAGGAUGAGAAGGAACAGCUUUACGCCGCGGGCCAGCGCGGACACGGUAAAGCGCCCGCGCCAUUACAGCGUUGGGAGCAAACCUCUCGACCUCGUGGGGCCUUUCCCAUCCCUGGAAGCUCGAGAAGGGGCCGACCAGCAGCAGCUGCAAGUUGAGGUCCAGCCUCAAGGGGGAAUUGCUUGCCUGUGAGUAUCACUGAAAGCAGCUUCUAUGUACUCUCUUUUGGUUUAAGGAUGGCCAGUUUAACGGUGUAGAGGUUUGGCUUUCAUCUGGGAUUUCCACGGCUGGGAAGAGCCCUGCGGCUGGACUUGAGCAUCCCUGGAGCGCAGUGAGCUGCUGCCGCUUCGGCCCACCCUCUCCUCUGAAAUGUGUUUUUAGAGCCUCUCUGUGUCUUUUCUUUCUGAAUGCUGCAGUGUCUGCCCAUGGGAUUGGAGAAGGAUGUGAGCUAAUUUAUUCCUGGGCUUCCUGGGGUCCCCUGUUUGUCCUCCUCAUCAGGUGGCGAAAUUAACUGCAGUGUAUGCAGGACAAAAUGGUCAUACUCAUACUCACCAAAGCAGCUUUUCUUUGGUGUAAGCAGACCAAAUCCCCAAGUUCUUAUUUAGCUGUUACCAUCUCUAAUGUCAAGUGCAGUACUCGUGGUGUUUAACCGUCCCCAGAGCUCCAGGCAUUGCUCAGCUUUGUUUUCAGGACUCCUGAUUUAAAUCCCCAGAUCCGAGCUGGUUCCUUUGCUCUGGGAAGGCUUUUGCUCAUCCUAUAAAACACACGGCGCUUGCUAGGUCAGCAAAUCCUGCGAGGGGCAGAAGGGAAUCAAACCUCCUGUCCCUCUCUGGAAAGAGCUUAGUGCUGUUGAAGCUGAGCUCAAGUCCUGCUUUGGCUUUGCACCCAGAUCUAAGCUUCCUCCUCUCAUUUUUCCUGUGUUCUAUGGACACUUUUAUCUGUGAGAACAGAAAACGAGAGCAUCACUUUGCUCUCAGGGCCACAUGUGCAGGGCUUGCUAGAAGCACAAGAUCUUUUACCAGUUGUCUUUUUAAUGUACCGAACUUAAGCCCACCAACAAGGUUUUUAAACUUGCCUAUGAAAAAGCUGUGAA